UCUAUUCCCAAAUUACAUGAUGCAGCUGAGUGACCAGAUUUCAAGUGCUAGUCCUCCAGAAGAAAUCAUGUUGAACACAACAGGAAACGAUAUUGAUGAAUUCCGUAACCAGGUUUACUCCACUGCAUACUCCAUGUUUACUGUGUUUGGACUAGUAGGGAACUGUUUUGCAUUAUUCAUCCUUAUAAAAACCUACAAACAGAGAACAGCUUUUCACAUCUACAUGCUCAACCUUGCCAUCUCUGAUUUGCUUUUCAUCUGCACCCUUCCAUUUCGAGUGGCCUACUAUGUGAAACGAGGCAACUGGCUUUUUGGGGAUUUCUUUUGUCGUUUUAGCUCAUACUCCUUCUACGUCAACUUGUAUUGCAGCAUCUUCAUCCUGACGGCAAUGAGCUUCAGCCGCUUUCUGGCUAUAGUCCACCCCGUGAGAAAUCUUCGAUUUCUCUCAGUCACCAGAGCCAAGUGGGCUUGUAUUGGAAUAUGGGGAUUUGUCACAUUAACAAGCGCCCCAUUUUUAAUGAGUGGAUCAGAAUUUGACUCAACAACAAACCGGACAAAGUGCUUUGAGCUUUCCCAAAAUAAUACUUCAGUAAAUAAAGUGCUCAUCCUCAACUAUAUCUCACUCACCUUUGGCUUCAUCGCUCCAUUUAUUGUCAUUUUGGUUUGUUAUACUAUGAUCAUUAGGACCUUGAUGAAGAAUUCCAUGAACAAACAAAAAGCUUCCAGGAAGAAGGCCAUUCGAAUGAUCAUCAUAGUCCUGAUUGUCUUUUUUAUAAGCUUUAUUCCCUACCACAUCCAACGGACUCUUCAUCUUCAUGCAGUUAAAAAUGGUUCUGCUAAGCAGAUAGUGCACCAGAAGAAGGUUGUAAUCUGCUUGGCCCUUGCUGCCUCCAACUGCUGCCUUGAUCCACUGCUUUAUUUCUUUGCAGGAGAAAAUUUUCGCAGAAGACUUUCUACCAUGAGGAAGCAGUCUCUUAGCAGUAUGCCUCGAGAUUAA